AUGCUUCAUUCCUCGAUCUGGACAGAUUAUCGACGCAUGCGGCGUCACCCACCGGCCAGAGAUUCAAUGGCAAUGAUAUAUUUCAUGAAGCAUACUCGUACUAUGUCCUCUGUCACUUCGGAACGUCUAGCGCGGUCUCGCACACAGACCAGCAACCCUGGAAUGAUCCCUCAGAGUCCCCAUCUACGCCGUCGAACUUUGAUCAAAAGCAUCAUCCAAACCAAGCUCCAGUCUAACAAACGGAAGAAUAAAUGGGCCAAUUCUGUAACCCUCAACACCUCUGAUGAAGAGAAGCUUGAAAUCGGUGGUCGUCAGGCAGAAGAAAUCAAAGCCGAAGCAGCGAUCAAAACCAACCCUGAAUCCGAAGACCAAGAUCCUGAACAUGACUUACAAGAUCUUGAUACAUCACCGGAAGUAGUUGCUGAACUUGAUGAUGAGGGCGAGUGGGACUUGGCUGAUGCUGAAGAUGAGGCUUGUCCAGAGCUCACAAUUGAAGAGAACGAAGUACAACCCACCCACCGUCGAGAAGCAAAUCAUGUGGAUUUUAUUUUGCGCAAGUUAUAUUUUGUUUUCCUUAUGCACUACGGUUUUGGCCGUGUAGCUGUAGCUGUGACGUGUGUCGCAGUGUGCCUCCAAAAAGCCGCGAACGCAGCUGUUAACGCCCGGAGCGUAGCUCUUAGGAGCUGCGCUACGGGGAUCUAG